AUGAAAAUACUGCUACUUAAUGGAAGACGAACUGUUCAAGAAAUUUUUCGCUUCAGUGUUAGAAGCUUAAGCUUGGCUAGCAGACGUUUUCAGAAAUUAGAGAGCUGGGACAGAGGAGGCAGAACUGAUAGGGCUUCUAAGAAACAGAGUGCGACGAUAGGGUUGUCUCCAUUGUACGCCUCAGUCAAGCGCCACAUGGAUCAAAACCCCGGGUGUGUAUGUUUCACUCAAGUGGGAGGCUUCUAUGAAUUGUAUUUUGACCAAGCUGAAGAAUUUGGUCCAAAGUUGGGACUAAAGAUAGGUAAAAAGAGAUCAGCUAAUCAUUGUAUACCCAUGGCCGGAUUUCCUUUGUCUCAAGUUAAAAAGUAUGUGGAAAUGUUGGUCUACGAGCACGAGAAAGCUGUGGCCAUAAUCGAUCAGUUUAACAACAUGAGCAAAACAAACCAAAAUUUGAUCCACCGCAAAAUCUCCAGAAUAAUCAGUCCCGGAACGUUGGUAGACGAAUCAUUUCUAAAUUACUGUCAAAAUAAUUACUUGCUUGCCAUUUCGUUUCCUCCCAACAUGCUCAAAAGCCCUGCAGACUCUGAUAUGGCUGUUGGCUUGGCAUGGGUAGACGUCUCUGUUGGCGAAACAUUUGUCCAACAAACAACUCUUGGUAACCUCGUAUCGGAUAUGUCUAGAGUCAACGCCAGUGAGAUUUUGAUGACCCAAGAGUAUUCGGAGUCGAUACUUUCGUUGGCCAAAUGGUAUCCACCUUUGCAAGAACUUAGAAGGUAUUUCAAGCGAUCUCAUGAUACUGAGUAUUCCAACUCGAAGCUCAAAUUCAAACUGGGUAUUCAAGCGGCGAGAAAAGCUUUUGAAGACUUGAGUGUUCGAGAACUGACUGCUUUGCAUUUGGCAUUAUCUUACAUCAGCGUUAAUUUGCCUGAGGCUGACUCGCUUUUAGAUCUACCAACAAGAUACUACAGCGAAUCUGCCCUACAAAUGGAUUCCAGAACAAGGGAGGCAUUGGAGCUCACAGAGAGGAUUACUUCAGGAAAAACCUCAGUAGCCGGGACAUUACUUUCUUCCAUAAGGAGAACCUGUACCACCUCAGGUGCAAGGAUGUUAACGCAAUGGUUGAAAUCCCCUUUGUUAGACGUAUCAGAAAUAAAAAAGAGACAAAAUUAUGUCAAGCUUUUCUUGAAGGAUCAGCACUUGAGAAUAGGUGUACAGGAACGCCUACGGAAGUUAUCAGAUUUUAUAAGAAUUGCCCAAAGGCUAUCUGCUGGGAGUGGCGACGAUGUUACCAAUUUAGGGCUUAUUGCUGUUGCAUUGAACGACUUGCAACAGUUGAAGGAGUUUUUAAAUCAAGUAUGUCGCAGAGAUGAUGCGUCGUACAAUGCUUUGCUAGAAUUUCUCGACAGCUUCGAAAUACCACUGAACGUAGCCAAGUCCAUAACGGAUGCCAUAAUUGAGGAUGAUAUUGCAAAUGAUGUGGCGGAAGAUUUGAUACCAGAGAUAGAAACGCCCACUCUGGAUAUUGGGUCAUAUACAAAUGAAUUUAUCGAGCGGUAUAGAAUUAAGGAAAGUCCAAUUGUGGAAGAAGCACAGAGUUUCAGUAUUCGAAGAGAUUACAAUCUGGCCUUGAAAGCUUUGCAUGAUGAACUUGAACAUUUGCUACAAAAAGACCAUGAUUUUGUGCGCACUUUACGAGAUGCUCUUGUCCAAUACGAUCCACAGGUGAGCAUAAAUAAAGAGAAAACUGACAAGUCAGCCAACUAUUUGUCUAUAAAAGCUAAAGGGGCCAAUAUCAACAAGAUCGCUAAUGUCCUAAAGGCAGAACUUGCACAGGUGAAAAAGUCGGUAAUCAUUUACCGACCAGCAGAUUGGAGCUCGUUACAACAAGAAAUUGAAGCUAAAAUGGCGGCCAUUAAGGAUAUAGAGAGGGAAGUGGUUCAAAGUUUGAAAAUAGAGAUCUUUAAUCAACUACCUCUGAUACGAUCCCUUUCAAAGGCUGUAGACUUUUUAGACGUUACAGCCUCAUUUGCUGUUAUUGCUGAAGAGAAUGAUUGGGUGUGUCCAACAGUGGUGAAAACGCCAAAGCUCAAAGUAUCUAGGGGUCGACAUGUUGUAGUCGAGUCGAGCUUGAAGGAAUCAGGCGGCAUGUUCACUCCUAACGACUUGGACUUGGGACUGAGCUUGAGGAUGUGGGUAAUAUCAGGUCCAAACAUGGGUGGUAAGAGCACCUAUUUAAGACAGAAUGCAUUGAUGAUCAUUUUGGCCCAGAUAGGCUCGUAUGUUCCCGCCGAAAGUGCCACUAUUGGUAUUGUUGACAAACUCUUCACUCGUAUCGGUGCAUCUGAUGACUUGUACAACGACUUGAGCACAUUUAUGGUGGAAAUGAUCGAGACAAGUAAUAUCUUGAUCAAUGCAACCCCAAGAUCUUUCGCCAUAGUGGAUGAAAUUGGAAGAGGCACAAGUGGUAAAGAAGGAUUGGCAAUCGCUUAUGCGGUUUUGGUGAAUUUGUUGACAAGUAAUCAAUGCCGCACUCUAUUUGCUACUCACUUUGGUAAAGAGUUAGAAGGGCUACUUGAGAAAAGAGAGGUGGACCAAAAGCGUCUUGCAUUUUACAAAACAAAAGUUGUUCCGUCAAAGGAUAAACGGCUGCAUAUUAUUGACCACGCAUUGGAGCCGGGCAUUAGUGAACGCUCCUACGCAUUGGAGACUGCUAAGAAAGCGGGUUUCCCCUUGUCUACUUUGGAAGAAGCUAAGGAAGUACUAAAUAUGUUAUAG